CGGAGGAGCGAGCAUGAGAUCCGGGAGUACCGUACAGUAGGCGAGAGAAAAGAAAGACAUCGAGUUGGAACGGGAGGAGGGAGUGGACGAAAAAACGAUUCACACACUGGAUUUGAGAUGGCGCUGGCGAGCGACCCCGGUGCCGGCCAGCAGCAGACCCAGGCCCAGAAGGAUGCCGCGGACCAGAACUUUGACUAUAUGUUCAAGCUGCUGAUCAUCGGCAACAGCAGCGUGGGGAAGACCAGCUUACUCUUCCGCUACGCUGAUGACUCCUUUACCUCUGCCUUCGUCUCCACUGUGGGCAUCGACUUCAAGGUUAAGACGGUCUACCGCAACGAAAAGAGGGUCAAGCUACAGAUCUGGGACACGGCAGGCCAGGAGCGUUACAGAACCAUCACCACAGCCUACUACAGAGGCGCCAUGGGCUUCCUGCUCAUGUAUGACAUCACCAACCAGGACUCCUUCUACGCUGUGCAGGACUGGGCGACCCAGAUCAAAACGUACUCGUGGGACAAUGCCCAGGUGAUCCUGGUGGGGAACAAGGCUGACCUGGAGGACGACAGGCUGGUACCAGCGGAGGACGGUCAGAGACUGGCUGACGAACUGGGGUUCCAGUUCUUCGAGGCCAGUGCCAAAGACAACAUCAACGUGAAGCAGGUGUUCGAGCGUCUCGUCGACGUCAUCUGCGAGAAGAUGAGUGAGAGCGUGAAUGGGGAGCCCAGCCCAUUGGCCAAUCACAAGGGCCCCAGCCUACAGGACACGCCCCCAGACAAGGGUGGCUGCUCCUGCUGAUAAUGCCUUAAACAUACAUACGGUAUACAUGCUCGUGUGCACACACACACACACUGAAAACAUGUAAUACACAACCACUCCCACACACGCUCAUUGACUUGCCAGAAAUCUGGCGUUGUGAAUGUACUUUUUGGUUUUGUAUAACAUUGUUGCUACUAUCCCUAUUACCGACCUGUUCCCCAGUCUCUUGCACUCACUUUGCUUCUAAAAACCGAUUUCACAUCAGUCCUUUUGUUUAGAAUGAGUUGAUGGAAUGUAUUUAGCUAUAGGAUAAGCUUCCCAGAGUAGGGUGAAGUUGCCCUUAGACGCUGAUCUUGGGUCAGUUUUACAUUUCCCCCACUAAUGGUUAGGAUUGGGGAGGGUAAGCUGAUCCUAGAUCUGUACCUAGGGGAGACUUCAUCUGGGAACCUUCCCACAACCCAAGCCUAGCCUGAGAACCAUUGUUCAGUGCUGUAGUUCAGAUUGUUUGAUUGUGUCUGGAUCAUACUGCCCCCAUGUGGAUGUUGAAUGUUACUGCAGCAAUAAUGGAAGCACCCUCUAAUAGUGUCAAUAGCUCAGGUGGGUCUGCUUAACGUCAACGACAAUGUAGGGCCCUGAGUUUCUCCUGGCUGCGUGGUGGAAGAACUCAAAGCCAUAUACUAAGGGAGCGUCUAGAGGGCUGGCUUAUGAGGCUAUUGCUUAGGAAUGUUCAUCUGUAGCCUAUACACUGUAAAACCAAAAUGUCAGGUCAACUAUGACUGACCAACUUGCCAAAGUUCUCGAUUCAACUAAUGUUGGGAGUCAAUUCAAUUUCAAUGCAGUCAAUUCAGGAACUGAACUGAAAUUCCAAUUUUAUUCUCAUGGAGUAGCGUUGAGGAGAAUUUAGAAUUACUCCCUGCAUUGGCUGAAUUGAAAAGGAAUUGACCCCCAACCGUGCUGGACCUUCCUGCCCUGCACUGUCCCACUAACUACUGGAACUGAAUGAGCUAUUAGAUUCUACAUCAGACAUUGAAUGGAAAAGCUCCUUACAAUAGUUGUGUAUGGUCUGAUUGUGUUUUAUAGGUUCAUGUUUUAGUGCUCAGGUCAAAUGUAAAAGUCAUAGCAUGAUUUUGUUUGAUUAAUUUCAGUUAAUGACUGUCUGCUCGAUCCCCUCGAAUGAACAAAAUAAAAAAUGUAAUUUCAUGAAGUCCA